AUAGUGAGAUUGCACGUCACGUGAUGUAAUUCUGGGAUCGCGGUUGCUGAACGAAAAUGGCGACUUACGAAUGGCAUGCCAAACCUAGGGAAUAUGAAGCUGAGAAAAGGAAACUCUUACUGAAAGGUGAUCUUACUGUAGAUCAUCCUCUGAAGCCUAUAACGGUGCACGUGGCUGAAGCAAAGCUUCGCAAGUCAACUGGCCGCACAGGCACCAGCACUACCCCUAAGCAGGAUGUCGCUGCUAAGAAAGCAACCUCUCUUGUUGAUCCAUUGAGCAGUGCCUUGGAAGGCAGUGAUCCCUUGUCACAGUUUGCUGCUGCAGCUGCUGCCAAGCCCAAGGUGGACCCACUCUCUGAUCCUCUGUCUCUUGCACUGGGUGCCUCCAAGAAAGAUGCUACUGAUUCUGCAGCUCAAGGAGCUCCUAAAGGACUGGAUGACUCCUUUGAGCCAUGGUCUAGUAAGAAAGCUGGUAUCCUGAGCAAAUACACAACCUCAGAGAAACUUUCAAUUACAACAAGCUUUUUAUCACCUGCUGAUAGAGAAAAAGUGACAGUGAAAACUCAGGUAGUCCAAGGCACGGUCACUGACAAAGUCAAGAACAGACUCGAGCAGCUUGAUGACUUUGAGGAGGGUUCUGUGAAGGAGAUGUUGAAUCUCAGUCAGCAGGAAUAUGUCUACCGUAUCGAGGAGCUUAACCAAGCACUUAUCAAUGCAUGGGACUUAGAUCAGAAAGUCAAGGCUCUCAAAAUUGCCAUUCAGUGUUCCAAGCUUCUAGCUGAUAUCUCAGUGAUUCAGUUCUACCCCAGCAAGUUUGUUCUCAUCACAGAUAUACUUGACACAUUUGGUCGUCUGGUCUAUGACAGGAUCCACAAGAAAUCAACCUACUUGCCUCCAGGUAGCUCCACCCCUCAGAUCCUCCCUGUUCACUUCACCCCUGAACAGGUGCCUAACUCAGCCAAGGAAACCUGCAGGAAUUGGUUCUUUAAGAUUGCUUCCAUCAGAGAACUCAUCCCAAGACUCUAUGUAGAGACAGCAAUAUUGAAAUGUUACAGUUUCCUAACAUCAGGGGAGUACUCACAGGCUUUGCUAAGACUGACCAAUCAGAUGCGAGGAAUCGGUGACCCUCUGGUCGCUAUCUAUGCCAGAGCAUACCUUUGUAGGGUUGGAAUGGAUGUUGCCCCCAAUGCCCGUGAUCAUCUCAUCAGUAACUAUUAUGACUUCCUAGGCACAUACACACAGCUUCAAGGUGAUACUGUACAGAAUAUCUUAGCAGUCCAGAGACUUGACAUGACAUCCUAUCUAUCUCUCUACUCACCAGCUUUAGAUUGGAUUCUACAGUCAGUAGCAUACAAUGCAUCAGAGGAAGUCUUGACAGAGAUUUUGGACAAAUGCCAGAAGCAGUGUAACAGUGCAUUGCUUCUGAACUCUGUCAUGUCAGCUUUUAAACCUGAGUACAUCAGUAGCAGAGCAAUAAAGUUCAUUGAACUCAUCAAGGAAAGUCAAGAGGAAGGGUUCCCUAAGCAUAAUCUAUACCGAUCACUGGGUACCAAUCUGACCAUGACAGAUCCUCCAGAACAACAGAGAUUAUCCGUUCUUAAUGAAGUAUGGAAAGCUGUCAUGAAGCUCAAGAGCCCAUCGGAUUACAUCAGUUGUGCUGAGGUCUGGAUUGAGUAUCCCUGCCGUCAUUUCACAAAAAAGGAGGUGAAUACUAUCCUUGGUGAUAUCAUCAAACACAUGACACCGGACAGAGCAUUUGAACAACACUACCCACAGCUCCAAUCUGUGAUGUCCAAGGUCUUAACCCACAUGCACAACUUUUCAAUCCUCUUUGUUAUGGACAAGUUUCUUCCGUUCGUUGACAUGUUUCAGAAGGAUUCUGUGAAGGUUGAGAUUUGUAAGACAAUCAUGGAGGCAUUCUGCAAAUACCAAGAGGAACAAACCAGAGACCCUGUCAUAGUGAAUGCUGUCAUGUUUAUCUGUAAGACCAUGCAUGAUUCUAUCAAUGCCUUGACUCUGGACGAUGAGAGGAGAGAUAUUGGAGCAUUGAUUUCAGGCUUCAUUCGGAAGAUAAACUAUGGAAGAGACUUUGAGCAGCAGCUAUCAUUCUAUGUAGAAUCAAGGGCUAACUUCAGCAAUCUUGAUGCAGUAUUGGUCACACUUGUGCAGUGUGUGAACAGUCUUGCUGCAGAAACGUGUGCUGUUAUGAAGGGUAACCAUUCAAGGAAAACAUCUGCAUUUGUUCGGGCAUGUGCUGCAUAUUCCUUCAUCACCAUUCCAUCUAUAGUGGGUAUCUUUCAUCGUCUAAACCUCUAUCUGGCAUCAGGGCAGGUAGCUGUACUCAACCAAGCUCUUACACAAGCCGAUGCUUUCUUCAAAGCUGCCAUCAGUCUGAUACCGAGUGUACCUAGAAUGCUUGAGAUUGAUCGUAAAAUGAGACCAACUGAAUCUCUUCUCCUCGGCUAUGUGAAUAAUUUCCUCUCCACUCUGCUAACAGUACCGGAUAACCCAGAGCAGGGAUGUCUCUAUCUCCUGAGAGGUCUUCUCAAUGUGUUCCAGGACUACACCUGGGAUACUCACAGUGAUGCUAAGGUUCGUGUCUACAUGAAUGUACUCUGCAUACUCUCAGCUCAAUCCCAGGACCAGUAUGCAUACCAUGUCAAAAAUGUGGAUUCAAAUGACGCCCUCUAUGGCAGCGAUAGGAAGUUUUUAGGAGAGGUCAACUCUGUGGCUGGGACCCUCAUCCUGUCCAUCCUUGACCACUGUAAGACUCUUGGUCAAGAUGUUGGUGUGAAAAGACAAGCAGUGAUUGCUAGUGAGUUCUUUGAAUACAUCAUUCUCCAUGGCGACAUUGAUAAACCGGCUAUGUCUGGAUUAGCCCUCAAUCUUUGGAACCUUGCACAGAAGAAUGGCCAAGCUGACACAAAAUACAUGGUUCGUCUGCUUGAAUACGUGAAGCGUAAGGGUGGUAAACCUGGAGGAAAAGCAUAUGCAGAUUUAUCUUCAAGUAUGACAUUGCAGACUAGAACGUAAUAUGAAACUAACAGAUCUUUUGGGGGGGAUGGACCAUGUACACCGAUACUUCCUCCCUCUCUUUCUUUGCAUACCCAUCUACAUGUAAAUGUAUACAUAGCUCUACUCAUCUUUAAGAAAUAAAUGUAUUUCCUAGGCACCCACCCUCCUUCUCUUUGCAUACUUCUUGCCUCUCUCAUCUUCUUCUUACUCUCCUCUCUUAUUACAAAUGUCAAUUUCCUUUUUUAUCAUCUCAUUUCUCUAUUUCUUUUCAAUUAUCACUCCUCUCUGUCUUUCUCUCUUAUUCCUACCACCCCCCCCCCUCUCACUCACUCUCUCCUCUCUUUCCUUUUCUCUUUCAUGUGUCUACCUCUCACUUUUCUCCUUCAUUUCCAUCUCUCAUUUUCUGUCUUCCCCCCAGUUUCUUUCUCUUUCUCUCCUCCCUCCCCCCUCAAUUUCUCUCUCUUCAAUUUACAUUCUCUGUUUACUAGUAUCUACAAGCAGUUUCAAAGAUAAUUCUUUAUAAUAUUGAUUCCGGUUAUUUAUUAUUACAAAACAUACAACAAGAGAGAGACAAUGUAUUUUCAUUAUACUCAGUCCAUCUCUAAUUUAUUGAGCUACUAGAUUCACAAAAUACCUUCAUCUUUAAACAUUCAGUAUGUGAAACAAUCUAUUCGAAUGAAAAGAAGGUUUAGACAAUAUUUGUAACUCAAGUAAUUGUGAAGUGCUUCUACUCAUGCCAGAUUGACUCUAUUAAUAUCUGAAGCGGUAUGUCACAUAGAACACUAUACACCAUCCAUAUACAUCACCUUCAGAAAGGCACACAAAAUGAGGAUCAAAGUAUAGAGUAAAUUUUAUUUCCUAAACAUGAAUUUUAUGACUCAUCAAAUUUUCCACCCUAUUUGCAUACAUUUCCAAUUCUCAAUACCACUGACUUUGAUCAAGGGCGUAAAUCCAUGAUGUCACACUAUUCAAGUAGGGGGGGGGGUGAAAUAAUUAUAUAAUAUUGACUGGUCUUGAGGGGAACAUCAAAUAUAUUGCCAGCAAAAGAAUCAUAUUGGCCCGAGUCUUUAGACGAGGGCAAUAUGGGUCUUUUAAGGGCAAUAUAUUUGAUGUUCCCCGAAAGAAGGGCAGUCAAUAUUUUUAUUCUCAUCCAAAUCAGAUAUCUAGAGCAAAAAUCAUGAUAACAUUGAUAUCUUUUAAGAAUAGAGUUCUGUUGUGUCAUGAUAAUAUCAGUGUCUAGGCUCUGCACUUUACCAUUAUGACGUACUUGCAAGUGCCCAGAUCCAUCGUUGUUUUUAUUAUGACGUAGAUCGUUGCUGCGCAGAACAUUAUGAAGUGUAUCACUUCAUUCGCAUCCUCAAAGGCCCAGAUGUGAGACCAGGGAAAAUACAAAGGUAUAUUUUGCAUCGUCUCUGCAUGCAAAGUCAAUACGCGCAUUGAGACCGAGGAAAAUACAAACAAUAUACCUAUCCCUUCCUGAUAAUAAUAAAAUACAGGGAAAUACGGUUUUGUAAAUGACCAGCUCAGAUGUCUGAUACGGGUGAUAAUAGUUCAUCACCCCCCCCCCCCCCCCCCACAAUAGGUUUGCCACCUUGGAUUUUUGCCAGUUAAUUUGAUACACUUUUUUCAGAUUGUUCACAUUUUGAUAACCUUGAUGAAUAACACAUUUGUUGACAAAAAUGUUACCCCAUCUACUCAUUUAUACAGUGGCACCAAGAUAUUUUAAGCAGAAACCAAAAAGAAUGGAAAAGAGGAGCAAGUAACUUGCCUGUCAUUUUAAAACUUAUGAAAAAGUUAUUAUCUCACAUCUAUGAAUUAUAGGAUAGGAUGAGCAUUGCAAUUAGAGACUUUUCUAUGCACUUCAUUAGAUUCAAAGUUAUCUUGUUGAUGGAGCAUGUAAGAUACUAGUAUUAGAUAUGUUGUUUUCUUGUUUUAUACAAACAGUGUUAUGCAGAAAAAAUAUGGUUGCAAUACUAAUUAAGAAUUAUUUGCCCCAUGUGAAAUGAAUAUACUUAUUUCUCAUUUUAUGCUCAUUGAUGUAGGAUUUGAUAUUUUUUCUUUCAAAUGUGUGUACAGAAAUAAUCAGAAAUUGAAGAGAAAUAAUAAAUUAUUUAUUUUGAUGGAUGAUUCCUAUUAGAAAACUUUCAGAAUGUGACCCUUGUUGCAAGGAACUUUAAAAAAAGUUUUCAUCAACGUUUCGUCUGCAAAGAGCCAUUGCUUGGUGAGAAUAACAAAUCAAUUAACAUGUUUGAUUUCCAUACAUCAUGAAUACAUGCUACAUACUUGCUAGCUGAACUAUGUUAUUUCUCGUAAUUGUAAUCACAUUACAGGUAAGACCUGAUUUAUAAUGAUAAUAAGAUCACAAAAUAUCAUGUUAUUACAUCUCUUGUUAUAUAGAAAUAAAGAUUAUUUUAUAUAUUGUA